CCCAUGAGCGAGAACGCCAUCUGUCGUGGAGUUUGCCACUACGCCUGCGUCUCAAGCGAUCACCAACGCUCGCUCUAGAUUAGCAAAUGAUUGGUAUCCACUCUAAAACAAAGACGACCCUUCCGUGUGCACCAAUUUCUAUGACGUAUCAUUGUAUCAACAGUGCAGAGUUUGUCGGUUUAUGUUGAAAAUGGGUCUGCUAUCAAUACUUAGGAAGCUAAAGAGCAUUCCUGAUCGGGAACUCCGAAUUCUGCUGCUGGGUCUUGACAAUGCGGGAAAGACGACGUUACUCAAGCAGCUGGCUUCUGAAGAUAUCGCACACAUAACACCUACGCAGGGAUUCAACAUCAAAAGUGUUCAAUCGGAAGGUUUCAAGCUCAACGUGUGGGAUAUUGGAGGUCAACGUAAAAUUCGGCCAUAUUGGCGGAAUUAUUUUGAGAAUACGGAUGUUUUGAUAUAUGUAAUAGACAGUGCUGAUAGGAAAAGGUUUGAAGAAACAGGAGUGGAGCUGGCAGAGCUGCUGGAGGAGGAGAAGCUCAGCGGAGUUCCUCUGCUGAUCUACGCCAACAAGCAGGACCUCUUCAACGCGGCACCUGCCAGCGAGAUCGCAGAGGGUCUGAACCUGCACACGAUUCGCGAUCGCGUCUGGCAGAUACAGGCCUGCUCCGCCAUGACGGGCGAGGGCAUCAAGGAUGGCAUGGAUUGGGUGUGCAAAUCACUAAAGAAGAAAUGAUAGCAUCUCUGACUGACAUUCAACGAGACAGCACUGCAACCAUCGUUUCAAGCUUCCGCAGGCGUCACUAUAGACAUUCGAUCUGAUCUCGACAAUCUCCUCAUGGAUUGCUAAGCGCAUGUAAGUUCUACUCGUCACGCAGCAGAGCCUGUUGACGUUUGAAGCUGACUGUAAGGAUGAGGAAUCUGUAGGGAUGAAAGCUGCUGAGUGGUCACUGCAUCCUGCCUACACGAAAUUCACCUCGCCUCGCUGCAUCGCAAAGAGACGAUGAUUGUAUUGCGCAUGCGAGCUUAUCCGAGCGAAGAAUAACACCCUGCAUGCAGUUGUUUCGAUAACAGGCGUUAAUUUGGUGUUGGGAGCUCUGCUUUAUAGCCAUGUUGUGGUGGCACUGCCAGCUGUCGCUGCCUACAUCCAGCCAGCGGACAUGGUGAUGGUUGCAAUGCUGCCUCGCACCAUCGUACGCACUAAUCUUUGCUCACCACGUGCCUACUGCACGACUUAAAAUGAAUAGCAUAAAAUCGAAUGACAUAGAUAUAUGUUUAUGCAUAUAAGUUAUGUAGUCGAAUUUAAAAUGUAUGGCAUUUCACUGAGGGUGUUCCAACACUAGUCUCAGUCUACAUAUUGAUUUAAUAAGCAUCAAUAUUGAAUCUCAUGACAUCAGAGGGGCAGGCAAUUAUCUUUUACGUGAAUUCCAUCUUAUUUUCACCGAAUGGUGAAGCAGGUAUCGUUCCGCUGCUGUACUGUGCUGUUGGUUAUUCCUCUGAGGGAAAUACGGUUUUCAGCAGUCAUCGAAGUAGAUUCACUCCAUCGUGAUGGCCAGACCAAUAGUAUGAAAACAGUCUUAGCAUUAGUACAUCGUUUGUCUGAAAGUACUGUAAGUGAGUGGCCUGAAAGCACUGGUGAUUGGCGUCACAGACAGCCUCAUGCACAGUCUAGGUGCGCGUUUCGCAAAAAUAUGGUAUCGCAACAAGUUCUUCAGAAUGGCAUCUAUUUGUGUGUGCAUUUCCAGUCGGCACAGGCAUCAAGUUGUAUAUUAUCUUGCCAUUGACUAUACUACAUGCUGUCAUCAUAUAUAAUAUGCAUACAUGUUAAUUAUAUGCGCACUUGUAUAGUAAUUUAUAAUAUGGCCAGCAACAUUUCCAUGUGAGUAAUUCGUAUUUCAUUUUUGUCAGAUGUAUUGAGUGCAAGGCUUUACAGCAGUGGCCAUAAACAUUGAUUUGCUCUGCUAUGUACCUUUAUUUUUUAAUGCACAAAACGUUAAUAUGAAUUUGAAAAAUGAUUGUUUGUGACCAUCGAUAAUCGUGUCAUACCAACUUUCAUUGAAUGUCAGCACGCCGUAUUGUGUCACUCGUCAUAUUCUUUCGUAUGCUGACUGUGUUACAUGUACCCUAAACAUGCCAUGUCUAUACUGUACUGCAAUAACUAUCUUUGACAGUGGUACGUUAGUAAGACUGUGCAGAAUUUUCUGGUGCAGGCAUGCGCUAUGAGUUACUAGGUCAACCGGAACAAACAAAAGUUAAGUCAAGGAUACACUUACAGCUGAUAGCAAUAGUUUAAGGGUGCGAGCAUGGGAUUACACACUGUGUACUCACUCGGCUUAGAAAGACGCCACUUUGGAGGCUGUCUUACAAGAUAGAUGAAGCAGCCUCGUGACGAUUUAAAACAGCCCGGGUCCAAGGUCACGAAGCCGACUUUUGCUAGUGCUGCGUUAAUGGCGCCCAGCAAGCUUAAAUUGAUACUAAAAAUAAGUCGCUACAUAACACAGACCACCUUUUAUUGUUGAAAAGUGGGCUAAUUGAGUUUGGAGUGCCAUAUGGAACCAGCAUGAUUGGUUAAUCUCGGGGAAUGUAGAAGCAUCUGCCGUACUGAUGCAGAGGAUUAUUGCCUGAUCCACGGCUACGCUAUUCUGUUAAUCGUAUGUGAACACUGCUGUAAUUCUUACCAGUCUUGGGAUCCCCCUCGCCUCACUCGUCGAGUGUGUGUGUGUGUGCGUGCGUGCGUGCGUGCGUGCGUGUGUGUGUGCGUGCGUGCGUGCGUGCGCGCGAGCUGCAACACAUAUAGGCCGGAAUCCAAAGAUCCACGGUAGUUUUAUGAAUUCUGCACUAUCGCAUCUGCUUGUUGUGCCUGCCUAGCCUUAGCUCUACCAGUAUAGCUAUAGGGAUAUACCGCUACAGGAAGCGAGUAGUGGGCGCGAAGGGGCUACACCGGUAGAGCUUGCCUAGCCUAAGCAUCGUCCAGCUAGCUGGCCUAUGAGUGAACUCUUGUAGAUGUGUUUUCCAGUUUGUUAUUUUAAUUCGGCUAAUCUGUCUGUCUGUCAGCAUGUCCGUACUACAUUUAUUUUCAGGUGUGUCAAUAGUGCUAUCAGAAAUGAAAUGAGAACAAAAUAGUUUUUUUAUUCACUCCUUGUGCUAUGAUAGUUCCACUCAACUACGUGUAACCUUUUGCCGCGUAAGGGCACAUUCCAGCCUCCGUCCAUACAAGCUAGCCUAUGUCUUUCUGUCUGGUGAAGCUAAGGCAUUCGAUAAUUAAAUUGAUGUGUAUCCCAACCUGUUUUGGGGUGGCACUAUA